AGCUGGCGAGGAACCGCCCGCUUGCCGCUCGGUGGCCAUUGCCUAAGCCCAGAGCUAGCGGGAGCGUAGCCGGUUCAGACUUCUGGGACCGAACACCUCCGAGCUGGGAAGCGGAGUUUCUCUACAGGCCUUGGUUUUAACAAGUGUUGGUACCUGCCCUGGACGCAUUCUGACCUGGGUCUUAUCUCUCUCUGGAGACUUCGUGCCUAUGGCUGGGGACAGUGGGAGGUCGUUACCUUGACGAUGACAGUAUGCGGCCCGCAGUCCUACAGAGGCAACUGAAGCAUGAAAAUCUGGUGAACCUGUUGGAGGUGUGUAAGAAAAAGAAACGAUGGUACCUAGUCUUUGAAUUUGUUGACCAUACAAUUCUUGAUGAUUUGGAACUCUUUCCAAAUGGACUAGAUUUCCAACUAGUUCAAAAGUAUUUGUUUCAGAUUAUUAAUGGAAUUGGAUUUUGUCACAGUCACGAUGUCAUACACAGAGAUAUAAAGCCAGAGAACAUAUUAGUGUCCCAGUCUGGCCUUGUCAAGUUAUGUGAUUUUGGAUUUGCGCGGACACUGGCAGCUCCUGGGGAGGUUUAUACGGACUAUGUGGCAACCCGAUGGUACAAAGCUCCAGAGCUAUUGGUUGGUGAUGUCAAGUAUGGCAAGGCUGUUGAUGUGUGGGCCAUUGGCUGUUUGGUAACUGAAAUGCUCAUGGGGGAACCUCUCUUUCCUGGAGAUUCUGAUAUUGACCAGCUAUAUCAUAUUAUGAUGUGUUUAGGUAGUCUAAUUCCAAGACAUCAGGAGCUCUUUUAUAAGAAUCCUUUGUUAGCUGGAGUAAGGUUGCCCGAAAUCAAGGAAACAGAGCCUCUUCAAAGACGCUACCCCAGGCUAUCUGAAGUUGUGAUGGAUUUAGCAAAGAAAUGCUUACAUAUUGACCCAGACAAAAGGCCCUUCUGUGCUGAACUCCUACACCGUGAUUUCUUUCAUAUGGAUGGAUUUGCUGAGAGAUAUAGUACCGACUCAUGUUUUUCAGAUCACACCAACCUAGAGUUAAAAUUUUCUCAGGAACUACAAUUAAAAAUACAGAAAGAUACCAGAAAUAUUUCUGUAUCUAAAAAAUCGCAAAACAGAAAGAAAGAAAAGGAUAAAGAUGAUCCCUUAGAUCAAGAGAGAAAAACUCUUGUGGUGCAGGAUACCAAUGCUGAUCCCAAAAUUAAGGAUUCUAAAGUAUUUUAAAUAAAAAGGUCAAAAAUUGAUGGAAAAAAAGUUGAAAAAGUCAGUGGAGCUUCAAAUGCCAGCUGCCUCCAUGACAAUGGGAUGAGCCAUAUCAAAACAGUGCCUUCAACAAGCCUCAGAGACUGCAGCAACGGCAGUAUGGAUCACACAAAGAAUCCAGGAAUGGCAAUUCCCCCACUUAUGCACAGCGUUGCUAGAGGGGCUCCCAGUGUUAAUUCUGGAAUGAGUACUCUCUCAGGAGUUCAGAGUAACAGAGUGGAUGAGAAGACCAAGAAGUAUUGUAUUCCAUUUGUUAAACCAAACAAACAUUCUCCAUCAGGGAUUUAUAAUAUUAAUGUGACCACAUCAGUCACUAGUGAAAAGAACCUUCUUCAGGCACAUAAGAAAAGAAGGGAAUACUCAAAGACAGACGUCCAUUUGUCUGAACUAAACUAUAAUCAUCUACCCAAACUAAGAGCCUUGGAAGGUGUAGCUCAAAAUUCCAGGCUAAUAAGGAAAGAGAACAAAAAUCAUUCAGAAUCUCAAAUUCCUUCUCUAGCUGCUAUUGACUUGCACACUCCCAGUAUUGCAUUACAUCAGGUAUCAAGCUCUGCCCUGUCAGAUGAUUUGGAGGGUGAUUUGCCUCAAGUGGAACACUAGCACUGAGAGUCAUUUUGGUUCUGAACUGGAUGCUGCUCUAACACUUGAGAUGACAUCCUCUUGCGAAAAAAGUGCAAAUAUCCUAGGAGAGAUUCGUGGUUUUGAUCAUAUACUUCUGAGCUGCCUGCAUUUUCUGAGAAAGGCCUUGCAGAAGAAGGAAAGACAAACUUUUAAAUGUUUCAAAGGAAGAUGCAAUAAGUGCCCCUCUGAUGCUAUUUCAAGAUAUAGCCAGUGAAAGAAUAGUGAUAUGGUUCUUGUUGAAUGAAUGUGUAUUUACUAUUAGUAGAUUGUAUAUUUAAAGUUACCCCAGAUUAGAAGUGAGUAAAUAAAAAAAAAGGAGGAGGAGAGAAACAUUAUAAAAGGUCAUGUUAUUUUUGUGUGUUCAACUUUGUAUGUUAUGUGAAUAAAUGUGUACAGUUA